AUAUCGACAGGGAGUGCGUGUUUAUUUAUUUAUCAAACAAACCCAGAGUGACUGUAACACACCAGUGUCACCGGUGAUCACUAACUUUGCUGUGACGUGAUAAUUGGAGGCCCAAACAGCAGAGAUUUUGGGGUCUGCUCUGGUGCGGGGUUUCUUGUUCUUCUUCUUGUUCUCCGCCUCCUUUGCGCACAGAUCAAUCACACGCCGCUGCUCUGAAAACUUCCAGGGACGUCAAAAGAAAACGAGGCGGUGCUUCACUCGUGCAGCAGAGGGUCAAAAUCCCACUCAUUCUGCAUUUACUACUCACUGUGGAAGCUCCUGUCUGCACUCCGGUCCUGCGUGAGGAGUGUUUUCUUUUUCGCGUGGAAUCAGCAACAGCAUGGAAAUAACCAAGGGGGACGAGAGGUCCCAGGACCAGGGUCUGUCUUCAUUUGGGACUGCAGAGCUGGAGAGUCAGAGAAGAGACACUGAGCGUGGAAAGAAGAAGAAGAAGAGGAUCAUCAUCAUUGGGGUUGUGCUGCUGUGUCUACUGUUGAUCCUUCUGGCUGGGAUGUUUACUAUGGGAACCGACAGCCGUGGAGAAGAUGGGGAUUUCUGGCUGAAUGUUGUGUCUGACGAAACUCCACAGCUACAGUGUCCACCCGGUUUUUCCCGGCCUCCUCUCAUCCUGGUGUCCUUGGACGGUUUCAGGGCCGAGUAUUUGAAAGAUCGCGCCGGCCACCUUCCCAUCAUCAACAAGCUACGAAGUGUUGGAACGACAACACCGUACAUGAGGCCUGUUUAUCCCACAAAGACCUUUCCAAACCACUACAGCAUUGUGACUGGUCUCUAUCCCGAGUCUCAUGGGAUCGUGGACAACAAGAUGUAUGACGUGACGCACAACGCUUUCUUCAGCUUGAAAACCGCCGAGAAGUUCAACGCUAAGUGGUACCAAGGAGAGCCGGUUUGGCUCACCGCCAUGCGUCACAAAGUAAAAACGGCGACCUUUUUCUGGCCGGGUUCGGAUGUAGCCGUCAAUGGCACCUUCCCAACAUUCUACAAAACCUAUGACAAGAGCAUUCAAUUUAUGGAGAGACUGUCACAGCUCUUUGAAUGGCUGAGUUUACCUCAGUCAGAGAGACCCGACUUCUACACUCUGUACCUGGAAGAACCUGACUCGUCAGGACAUCGCUACGGGCCAGGAAGUGAUGAGGUUACUUCCGCCCUGAAGGAAGUGGACUGGAUCUUGGGGAUGCUGAUGGACAAACUGACGGAGAAAAGCCUGCACCACUGUGUCAACUUGAUGAUCGUAUCCGACCAUGGCAUGGAGGAGGCGUCCUGUGAAAGAGCCGCGUUUGUGUCGACCUACCAGGAAGACACUGAACGCUUCAAUGUCAUCCAGGGCCCGGCGGCUCGUAUCAGACCCGUCCGCCUCCCAGAGGAUUACUUUUCCUUCGACUAUGAAGGCCUGGUGAAGAAUCUGUCGUGCAGGGCCCCGAACCGGACCAUGAGGCCGUACCUUAAAGAAAACCUGCCAAAAAGGUUCCACUUUGCCAACAACAAGCGCAUAGAGAGGGGACAUCUUUACAUGAAGCAGGGCUGGCAGGCAGCACUUAACCGAAAGGAAGUCAAGUACUGCACGGGUGGUUUCCACGGCUCAGAUAAUAUCUUCACCAACAUGCAGGCGAUCUUCAUUGGCUACGGUCCAGGGUUUAAAAGCAACCUUGUCGUUCCACCGUUUGAAAACAUUGAACUGUAUAACCUCAUGUGUGAUCUCCUCAGCAUCCGUCCCGCUCCAAACAACGGGACUCACGGUAGCCUGAACCACCUCCUGAAGGAUCCGUUCCACUCCCCGGUUCACCCCGCGCCGCUCUCCCUUCAAACACCCUGUGAAGCCACUGGUCCUGACCCCACAGAUGACCUGCAGUGCUCGUGUGCAUCACAAAGUAAAACUAUGGAGACGGACAUGAACAGACAUCUCAUGACAACAAAUGCCAGCGCCGAAGUCUACUUACGCCGCCUCCACCAUCCGUUCGGGACGCCGCAGGUCGUCCAGCCGGACGUCAGCUUCUGCCUCCUGCACCACUCCGACUACCUCAACGGCUACAGCAGAGACCGCCUCAUGCCCCUCUGGGUGUCGUACACCCUCCAGCCCCUGGCCACAGUCCGACCGCUGAGCCCGGACACGGAGGCGUGUGUUCGCGCCGAUGUUCGAGUCCCACCGUCCGCCAGCCAGCUGUGUUCCCGCUACAAAGACAACGCUGAUCUGUCCUAUGGCCUGCUGCAUCCCCCCAACCUGAAUUUAACCGGACCCGAGUCGGACUCUCUGAUCACGAGCAACAUGGCACCGAUGUUCCCUGCGUUUAAAGAUGUUUGGAGACAUUUCCACGAUGUGCUGCUUCCACAGUAUUCACAACAGCCGAACGGAGUCACCGUCAUGAGUGGGCCCAUAUUCGAUGAGAACUUUGACGGAAACGCCGACGCUGUCAGAGCGGUCACAGGGAACGAGGCUCUCAUCCCGACACAUUUCUUCGUGAUUCUGACCAGCUGCGUGAACUCGACCACCGGGCCCACUCACUGCAGUGGCCCGCUACGAGCCAAGUCCUUUAUCCUGCCCCACAGACCCGACAACAUGGAGAGCUGUGCUACUGGGACGGACUUGGCGUGGGUGGAGGACUGGUUACACUUUCACACCGCUCGCGUCCGAGACAUCGAGCUGCUGACCGGACUGAGCUUCUAUCACGACAGGAUAUCCGUGGAGGAGACUCUACAGCUCAAGACUUUUCUGCAUAUAGCUUAACGUUAGAGAGACGUUCCAUAUAAAAACAAGUUUUAAUUUCAAAGGGAAACCACAUUGGUCUGCACAACCGGUCUCUGUCCAUGUGGACACACAGUUGACCUCACCUCCGUGAGAUUAGCAGGUGUCUCACUUAUGAAAGACCAGAUUAAUCCCGACUUCCAUCCAGCAUUUCUUUCUUUGUGUGUGUAAUGUUGUUUUUUGAAGCAGAUUUUAUAAUUACUGAUUUUUAUUUUUUUUUUAUAAUGAAUGACUUUUUCCGCUGCUUUGAACCAAAGACGCCGUCACAUCUGCUGUCUGUCUGUCUGUCUGUCUGUCUGUCUGUCUGUCUGUCUCAGAUUGGGGAGUGAAUCAAAACAUGGAAGUUGACACAUUUUCUUCAUUUUGGAAGUGUUUACUUCACAGAUGCUUGUUCAGGGGGGGAAACACGGUGACGACAUGGAAACGAGUGUGUGUGUUGCUCUGCUGUUUGUUGGAGGGAGUCCUGCCACACAUCUGGAGACGUGGCUGCAGCAGCUGGAAAAACAGAUGUUAUUGUGUUUCCAUGGUUGUUACUGUAUCUUCUCUAAACUGCACCAGAGUUGUUUUAGCGAUGUAAAUGUUUUGUACGGUCAUAGACAAUUAUGAAGUAAUGAUUUUGUGUGUGUGUGUGUGUGUGUGUGUGUGUGUGUGUGUGUGUGCUCUUGUAUUUGUGCUUUGUGAGGACCAAACAUUUUAUAAACCCUACAUAGUGAGGACAUUUUGACCGUUCCUCACUUUUUUAUGCCCAUGUUCUUGUAUGGGCAUCUUUGUGAGGACUAAAAAACUUUUGGGACAUUUUAGCUGGUCCUCGCAUUCUGUCAUCCCUUUAAAGGGCUUUUUGAGUAUUAAGACCUGGUUUCAGGGUUUGGGUUCGGCUUUUAGUUGUGAUUGUUAAGGU